CACCGCCUGUCGAUGGCCGGCUGCAACGGCAGCUGAAAUGUAGCAAGUUGGGCGGCCGUGAUAGCAACGGGUUAACGCCAUUACACUUGUAGCUACCGCCAAAACAAGCUAGACGUGAUCCACGUAGAAGGUCGACAAGUUUUCUUUUUAUCAAUAGACCGUUUCUUCCGACUUUAAUCGUCAUCCGAGGACCAGGAAGGUAGUUGUUAGCCGUUAGCGAGCCUAGCCGAGUUGAGCUAUCUAGCUUCCAUUAGCAAGCUGCUAUGUAGCAGUCAAAUGGCUGGACCUGUUUGAGCUAGCCAGUUAGCUCGCACACUGUGACAAACUGUAAGGCAAGAGGAGCCCACGCAAGAUGGCUGUGUCGGUGCGGGGCCUGUACUUUAUGCUGACCCUGUUUUUGGCCAGUUUCUUUGGAAGCAUCUUCAUGUUGGGUCCAGUCUUACCCCUCAUGCUGCUGUCCCCCGCUUGGUACCGCUGGAUUACCGACCGCAUCGUCGCUACCUGGCUCACCCUGCCUGUGUCCUUGCUGGAGCUGGUGUUCGGGGUGAAAGUGGUGAUCACGGGCGACGCGUUCGUCCCUGGGGAGCGCAGCGUCAUCAUCAUGAACCACCGCACGCGCCUUGACUGGAUGUUCCUCUGGUGCUGUCUGCUGAGGUACAGCUACCUCCGCUUGGAGAAGAUCUGCCUCAAGGCUGCGCUGAAGGCCGUGCCGGGCUUUGGCUGGGCAAUGCAGGUGGCCUGCUUUGUCUUCAUCCAUCGCCGUUGGGAGAAGGACAAGGAGCACUUGGAGAACAUGCUCGACUACUUCUGUGACAUCAGAGAGCCCCUGCAGCUGCUUCUCUUCCCCGAGGGCACCGACCUCACCGAAAAUACGAGAGCGAGGAGCGACAAGUUCGCCGCCCAGAACAACCUCCCGAAAUACGAACACGUACUGCAUCCACGCACCACCGGGUUCACUUUCAUUGUGGACCGGUUACGGAAAGGAGACAACCUGGACGCUGUCCACGACAUCACCGUGGCGUAUCCCAAGAACAUCCCCCAGACGGAACGCCACCUCAUGCUCGGCCAUUUCCCCCGUGAGAUCCACUUCCAUGUGCGGCGCUAUCCCGUUGCGUCGCUGCCUGCUCCCUCCGCCGACCUGGAGUCCUGGUGUCGUGAGCGCUGGGCCGAGAAGGAGGUCCGCCUGCGGGACUUCUAUUCGGGCCAGCCGCGGGGCUUCGAGCGGGAGGGCGUCGCUCGCGUGCCGCCGUGCAAAUCGGAGCUGCGCGUGUCUCUGAUCAAAGCCGCCUCCCUGCUCUACUGGAGCGCUUUUAUCGCGCUGUGCUUCGCCGGCCUGUGGCUUUGGGCCCCCUUCAGGCUGUACUUGGUGGUCAUGGUGGGGGUGUUCGUUGCCCAGCAGAAGCUGGCCGGCGGGCUGGAGCUGCUGGAGCUGGCCUGCCAUCGCUAUUGGACGGCUGUUUGCGCUGCCACUGCAAAUGAGAAGGAGAACAUGCUGGAUGGAAAGAUCAAGUGAGGACACUUGACGGUCCACUAAUGCGUUUAGAAAGGGAAUAAGACCUCCUGACCUCAGCGGAGACCCCUUACAAGGAUGUGGGGACUUCAUCCGCCGUGAUCCUCAGUUUGUGUAUCCUUUUAUUAGCUCCGCCAAUCAUCGAAUUGCGUAAGACGCAGGGUUUACUUGUGGUAGACGAUUUCUUUUGUUAGUUAGCUCUAUCUGCACUAUCUCUACUAGAGGUGUCCCGAUACAACAUUUUCACUUCCGAUCAGAUACCGAUAUUGCAGCCUUGAAUAUCAUCAGAUACCGAUUUCAAUCCAAUAUCAGCAUGAAUCAUACAUAAUUUUCGGACUUAUUUUUUGGUGUGGAAUGUUGGAAAGGCUUGAUCAAGUGAUAGUACUCAAAUAAAGAACAAUAAUCAGCAGGUAUGAGAAAAACGGACCCAUGUACUUCCUUAAGCAUGUGGGGUGUAGUUUUAUCCACAUUGUAGUAGCAGCUAGGCAUAAUAUAGCGAGGUCCGAGGUGCUCAAUUAAGCUUUUAAACCCGACUUUACUCUCCAUCGACAGGGGCUGGUCAUCUUUUCUGUCACAGCUAAUGACUUCUGUUGUCCCGUGUGACGCUGCUUCAAAUGUGCAGUGAGUUUGGUCGUAUUAAACUUCCCCGGUUCUGUCCCACCAUCGGAAACUUGUGCACAACAAGUGUUGCACUCAGCUGCAACGUCUUUUUCGGACUUUAAUGAAGAUCCUUGCCUAACAUCUUAGCACAUACUGUUGUUGUGGUAACGCGGGCUCUAUCCGGCGGCUGCUGGAUUGACGUGCUGGGGCGGAGUCUGGAAUGUGGAUUGCUACUAUCAGAGAUUUUAGAUGUAGGCCGAUUAUAAUUUGUUUUUUUGCUGAUAUUGUCCUGAUAUCUGAUAUCAGUAUUGGAUCGGGACACCCCUAAGUAUUACACAAAACAGCAACCCAAUUUUCACCAGGUACACGAGUCAAGGAGGAACCCAUUUAAUUUUAGUGCAGGAAUUUAUUUACCCUUUUCUUCGCUUGAAUCACUGUAGCCGCUUUUUUUCUGCACAGUACCAGCACUACUAGGCUCAGUUUUCAAAAUAGUACCGCUGGAAACUGCAAAAUCCACCAAACAUAUCCGUCGGAAGGAGACCCACUAACAAACAGCAACAAUGGAUGCGAACAAGGGUCUCCUCCUAUAUUUGCUUCUUGACAAAUCCAAGUGGAGACUGAGGGCUGCAGCAAAGUGGAGACUAUGGAGUAUAAUACUACAAGUUCAAAUUAGAUUGUGUCAUUUCUAUAGCUCAACCAAUGAGCAACCAGCAGUGGUUUACGUUACCCAUAUGGUGCCCCAGCUAGUACCUGCAUUUACCACUGGAAACGCGGCAAUAGCGAGUGGUGACGCCGCGAACCAACCAGCUGCAGUGCUAAAAAUGGCAGUUUGUCCAUUUACAUCGUCGUCCUUGAACCAUAGUAUUAAAGUAAUCAAUUUUACAGAUUUAUCUAUUCUCGUUCUCAUUGUUAUGUCUUUUUAAAAAAUAAUCAGUUACAAUUACACCAUUGCGUUUUAUGAUACAUUUUCUGUGUCGUCCUGUCUUGUUUUUGUCCCACGCGUCCCUUCGAUGGAGCAAAGCCAUACACGUACAGAGCACCUGCACCUGCACCUGCAAGGACUCAUCCAUACCGUUCAGUCAGUCAUGGUAAUAAAUGAGAAAAUUGCAGAAAGGACAUUUUAUAAUUCCUGGAGAAUUAUCACUAAAGUAAAUGGCUACCUGUAUUAUAAAAUACCUAAAGUGGGUAAUUACAGGAAAAAACACGCUUUUUUUGCACAUAAAAAGCCAAAGGUGAUCCUGCCAUGGAUGUUAAAAAAAAUUAAAAGAAUGUACGCACUGACGAGGGUUCACAUAGCUACACUUUUUCAUAAUCAAGUCAAGAUUGGAAGAUUUUUUUUAUGUGGUUUAGCGUUUAAAGCAGUUUAAAGCAGUAGUUCUCAACUGGUUUGGCUGCGGAACCACCGAAUCAUCAGCCCUUAAUGACAAGCGGUGACCCAAAUUGAAAUUUCUCAAGUAUCUUCUAUUCCACAAGGAGCUGGAAUUUGAGGGAGUGCACAAGUUUAGUAAAAAAAAAAUGUAUCCACAAACUCAAUUAUUUUAACAAAAUUGUCUGUAAAAGUUCGAAAACUGAACAUGCAGAAAUAAAGCAUGACAAUGCUAACUUAUGGAAGAUACAAAAGAAUUUCUCUGUGACUUUCAACAUAACCGAAAUGCACAAAUGCGCUAGCUCGAUGCUAAUUAACAUUAAAAAUCCCAUAACCCCGCUAGCGAUUAGCAUUAGCAGUUUUACAAGGCCAUUCCGAACACCUCCACAUAUGACAAUUGAAUAGACAACUAAUAUGUAAAUUCCACUUAAACAGCUGAUUUAUAAUAAGCAUAAAAUGCUUACAGUCAAACAUUUUGUAAGGCUCAACAAGAGACAGGAUGGCACAAACAGAACAAAGACCCAUGCAGUUGGAAUGGUUAGAUUCAAUAACAUUGACAUCAAUACCAUGUAGCAAAGGCCUGCUCGACAAGAAGUACUGGAAUAAGGAACCCAUGUAUCUACAUUUAGUAACAUUCACAGUACAGCACGAAAGACGGCUUGAAGGGGAAACAUUCAGCUAUCCAGACUACAAGCGAUUGGACUGGAGAACAGUAUAGCUCUGGACAACAACAGAGGAAAAGGAAAAACUUUUUUUGUUGUUGUUUGUUUACGUGUGCGUUUACAUUUAAGAUGCAAAAUAAUUUCUCUGUGACUUUCAACAUAACCGAAAUGCACUUAAACAAAUGCGCAAAUUAACGUGUAAAAUCCCAUAACCCCGCUAGCGAUUACAAUUAGCAAUUUUACAAGGCCAUUCCGAACACCUCCACAUAUGACAAUUGAAUAGACAACUAAUAUGUAAGUUCCACUUAAACAGCUCAUAUAUAAUAAGCAUAAAAUGCUUGCGGUCAAACAUUUUAUAUGGCUCAACAAGAGACAGGAUGGCACACUCAAUGUCUUAAUGGCAGUUGAACAAGAACAAACGUUGUUGGUUUUAAGAUUAAUUGUCGCGACUUGAUGAAAACCACAUUUGGUUCACGACCCACCAGUUGAGAAUCACUGGAUAAAGCAAAUGUCCUUACUGGGCUUGUGGGGGAGGGGCGCAUUGCCGGGCUUGGGAUGAAAGCCCUGUUGGGACAACAUGGCCCACCAGCACGCAGGGUGGCACAGUGCCGGAGGACCACACUUGGAGUGGAAAACUGCCCCCUGAAGUCAAUCUAAUCCCCCAACAAAAGCCCCUUAAUUCUCACUUCUCCCGUGUGUCGCAGUGGAGAGACAUUGAUGCGCCUGCUAAACUCAAUUACCAAAUGACAGCUGACGGGAUUGUGCCAAACAAGGGCAGGGCCACGCUUAGACAUUUCACGCCACAAUGUUUGAUGACUCGGCGGAGGGGCUACGAUUUGGAACAUGUGGAUUGGACGACAGCUUCUUGUAGCAAAAGUGCCACCGAGGCUAACAUCCUUUCAGCACGAUCAAACCUGACCACAUGUAUGCGGCGAAGACCAAUUUGUAGCUGUUCUGUGCUUUUCUCCGCUCACUGUGAUUUUGAAUUUACCAAACACGGCAAGCUUGAAUCUGUGUCAUUUUUGUUGUUAUUAUUGGUGGUUAUUGCUACAGUAAUUGCCGAUGCUGGACCUGUUAACACGAGAACCCUCAGGUAAACACAGAGCGAGUCGCAAGUAAAGUUUACGAAAUCAAGAAAAAUACAGCUGAUUAAAUAAACUAUGACUCCUUACAUGC